CAGUGGUGGAAUCGAACGUCCCCGAGCGCACACAGCGUAGAGGAGAGUACGGCGCACGAGUCUUCGGAAGGGAGAUAACGGUUUGUGUUUUUAACCCCCUCUCCACUCAAACAACAAGAACAAACCAAACCUGAAAAUUUAGGGGGGUUUACAGAGUCUUCUGUUCAAAAGGAGGAGGGAAGCGAGGGAUUGGAGACGCAGUUUUUUUUUUCUUUUUCUUUUUCUCCCUUUCCUUUAAAGAGGAUUUUGUGUGUGUUUUUUUGCGGUGGUUUGUUCUUCGCUUCUCGCCGCAAAGAUGAUGGUCGGAGAGGUCGAAGUGAAGGAGCGACCGAGGCCGAGUCCCGACUAUUUGAUGCAGUUAUUAAACGAGAAGAAGCUCAUGACCAGUUUGCCAAAUCUCUGCGGCAUAUUCACACACCUGGAGAGGCUUCUCGAUGAAGAGAUCAACAGAGUGCGUAAAGACAUGUACAGUGACACAGUGAAUGGCCUUGUGGACAGACACCCACUGGAGCUGCCCGAGCCUGUGGGACCCAUCGUCCACCUGCAGGAAAAACUCUUUGUGCCUGUCAAAGAAUACCCUGAUUAUAAUUUUGUGGGGAGGAUCCUUGGCCCUCGGGGUCUCACAGCCAAACAGCUGGAAGCAGAGACGGGAUGCAAAAUCAUGGUGCGAGGCAAGAGUUCCAUGAGAGACAAGAAGAAGGAGGAGCAAAACAGAGGGAAGCCAAACUGGGAACACCUAAAUGAAGACCUUCAUGUCCUGAUCACAGUGGAAGAUACACAGGGCAGAGCAGAGAUCAAGAUGAGAAGAGCGGUGGAAGAGGUCAAGAAGCUCCUCGUACCAGCUGCGGAGGGAGAAGACAAUUUGAAGAAGAUGCAGCUGAUGGAACUUGCUAUUCUCAAUGGGACAUACAGAGACAACAACAUCAAAACACCCACCUUUGCGUUCUCUCUUGCAGCUGCGGCAGCAGCCGCUCAGGGCCCCCGUCUCAUAGCGGCCCCCACAGGUCAGGUGUUGCCUCCCCAGGCACUCCGGCCCCCCACACCAGGUGGGGCCCCCAUCAUGAACCUCAUUCGACCCACUCAGAUGGCUGCCAUGCUGCCCAAUGGCACGCCCACGCUGGUGCCUCCCACACCGGAUGGCGGGCUUAUCUACACCACCCCAUACGAGUACCCUUACGCCCUGGCACCCACCUCCCUGCUGGAGUACCCCAUCGAGCACAGUGGGGUUCUAGGUAAGAGAGCCUGGGGAAGCAUGGGUGCAGCAGGUACAACGGUCAACUUUAGCCAGCCUGGACACGAGGGCAGCUUGUUUUACCCCGGAGCUGGGGUUCUGGACGCGGCUUCCCUGAGCCACAGUCAGGACUUUUUGAAAGGUGCAAUGGCUACUAAAGUGAGACGGCAUGACACGCGGGUCCAUCCUUACCAAAGGAUUGUGACCGCUGACAGAGCCGCCACCGGCAACUAACACAUGACCUUCUGACCUCUGAACUCUUCACCCAAUGACGAGCCGCCCCAAGCCUGCCUGCUGAUCAGUUAACUGGUAAUUGCCUUUUGCUAGCCUCUCGGACGCAAGUGACAGAGAGAGAGCGAGAGAGAGAGAGAGAGAGGCGCCUGCCCGUACAGUUACCCUAACACGUUCUGACAAAAAAAUAGAAAACAACGCAGAAUCUUCACUGAAACACAACAAAACCCAACAACGUUGUGUAAUAUUCAUUUUUUUUCACUCUGUUCAUUGAGUUCAAUUCCCAUUCUUUCUCUUUCUUUUUCUUCAUGAAUCAUAUAUUGGGUGGAUGCGCUUGUGGUAUUACUCACUGAAUCUGCACUGAAUUAUAUAGCAAUAAAGACCCCGCCCACCCCACCCACCCCACCCGGCACACCCACUCUCCUUUAAGUGCUCUGAUUUGAUGACCUCACUCGUAUUAAUCAAACUGCAUCAUCUAUUUGACGCAAACCCUUCAGUUUGAGAGAAAUGGCAUUAUCCCCCUCAAAUGUGCUCCGGCCCUUUCUUUAAAAGAAAAAUCAAAACAUAAAAAUAACAACAAUGAGCCCCUACCUGCUCCCACCCUGUUACACCACCCAUCUGCUGGGAGAGAAAAAGAAACAGAAGGAAAGAGAACACACACUCACAUUAACUUGUUUAAUUUCUGUCAUUUUUGUACAUGUAGUGCAGUUGUUGAGCUCUAAGAUGUAAUUAUGAGCUGACACAUUCUGGGUGUGCACCUCCAAACAGCUUUCUGUCUGUUUAAGAAAAAGGACAAAAAAAAGCAUGGCUAAAAUGAUGGCAAAAGGAGCUUUUUAUGAUUUGUGUGUUGUUGUUGUUUUUUUCCCCCCUCUGUCUUUUUGUUCAUUUUGCUUUUACUUUUUGAGUCAUUUCCUCCACUUGAUUUUUAAUUUUUUUUGGUUUGUUCUCUGUUGUUCAUAUUUUUUUGACUAAUUAGCUUUGCUUGCGUUGACGAGCCCGUGCAAGGCAGGUGGUUCACGUUUGGGAAAGGAAAACGCAAUCUGAUGUGUAACGCAGGCUGAAAAACACAAACGUGACGAAGGGCAAAAUGGGAAGGUCAAAAUUGGGCUGAUGGGUUUGUGUGCGUGCGUGCGUGUGUGUGUGUCUGUGUGCGCGUGUGUGUGUGUUCUUUUUUUUCUUUUUUUUUUUUAAAUACUACAAUGAAAGUAGAGUGUGUCGAGGCGUUGGGGGUGAUUGGAGCAGUGCUUGUUAGCCACUGUCCACUGCUACACCCCCAUCCACACUACAUUCAUUUUACAGUGCCUGAUGUAUUUAGAAAAUAUCUCGAUGAGUUAGCUGAGCUGUGAUCAAAAAAGACUAAAAAAAAAAACAAACAAAAAGUAUUAAGUGUGCGUAUUUAGCCAAAGGUUUUUUCCAAUGAAUUAUAUAUCUGCAAUUAUGCAUUUAGUCCAACCAGGACUCUCUCUGUGAUUUUAGAGUCAAGGGUGUGAAUUUGUGGUGCUUGCCUUCAGCUGGAACAGACAGCCCCGGUCAUUAAGAUGAUUUUUGACCCAUUUAUGCUCCACAUUUUUUCUGAGUAGGUGAACACAAUUGCGGCAAGUAACACUAAAUGGACAGGCUAGUCAUUUACAGGACAAUGCUUAGAGGGAAGGGCACUUACAGUUUGCCACGCGGAAGCUUUUGUAGGUAUAUCCGCGUGGAGUCGUUCCAUCAGGCACGCAGCCAAAUGGGGUGAUGAGUUGUUUUAUUUUUGUUGUGGUUCAUUUGAUUUUAAUUUUUUUUUUAGUUUUGUUUUUUUUUAACACCACUUAAACAUUUUCUAGUAGGUGGCCAUAAUCUGAGCCCUCCUGCAACUAAUCCAUUCAUUCUUUUUUUAGUGAUGAAACAUUUGUUUUCACCACAUUUGCCAAACCAUCCAAGAGCGCAUCCACAAUGUGUCACACCUCCCCGUGAUCGUCGUCUAGAAACCUGUGCCCGACUAUUUUUCUUUUUUGUUCAACUCUCUCAAGAAAAAAAAAAAUAGGAUGUGAAAGCCAUGCCUGCCUGUUCAAAUUGCUUUAUACAUACGUCUUAUAUAUAUAUAUAUAUAAAUACAUAUAAAUAUAUAAAAAUGUAGAUAUCUGUCGAUGCUUAUACGAAUACAGACGAGAACAAAAAAUAGAUCAUUUUACAGGGUGCUGGAGUAGAGAAAAAAAUAAUGAGAAAUCUAUUUUUGGCAAUUUUAGCUUUUGAUACUUGCAUUUACAAAA